UAAAAGUCAAACCUUUCUCUUCUAAAAUCAACUUUUUUUACACACACACACACACAAUACAUAUACAGAUUCAGUUCAGCUGUAUCUAUAUCUAUAUACAUACAUUCACAAAAUAGAUUGAUUCAGUUCAGCUAUCCACACAUAUAUUUAUAAAAGCAAAUCCCUAAAAUUCCGGGAUCAACCGCCACCGCACCGCUGCCACCAUAACGGGUUUAAAUAGUAAUAAUAAUAAUUAGUUAGGGUUUGAUAGAUAGAUAGAUUGAUGGGAUCAAAGCCAUGGUUACAACCAGCACCAAGUUAUCAUCAUUUAGAGACUUAUUGGGAUACAGAUGAUGAUGCACCUGGACCUAGGUGUGCUCAUACACUUACCGCCGUUGCGCAGACGAAAUCGCAUGGUCCGAGACUCAUUUUGUUUGGUGGCGCCACUGCCAUCGAAGGCGGUGCUUCCUCCCCCAUCCCUGGCAUCCGGUUAGCUGGUGUGACGAAUUCAGUUCAUUCGUAUGAUGUUCUUACGCGGAAAUGGACUAGGAUUCGACCGGCUGGAGAGCCGCCGUCACCUAGGGCAGCUCAUGCAGCUGCAGCUGUUGGAACCAUGGUUGUAUUUCAGGGUGGCAUAGGUCCUGCUGGGCAUUCGACAGAUGAUUUAUACGUGCUUGAUAUGAGUAAUGAUAAAUUCAAAUGGCACCGACUAGUUGUCCAAGGACAGGGUCCAGGACCACGUUACGGUCAUGUCAUGGAUUUGGUUGCUCAGCGCUACCUUGUUACUGUUAGUGGCAACGACGGAAAGAGAGUUUUAUCUGACGCUUGGGCUUUGGAUACUGCUCAAAAACCAUAUGCAUGGCAAAAGCUGAAUCCAGAAGGUGAUAAACCUUCCGGUAGAAUGUAUGCAACAGCUAGUGCCCGUUCGGAUGGUAUGUUCUUGCUUUGUGGUGGAAGAGACACCUCUGGCACGCCUUUAGCAGAUGCUUAUGGACUGCUCAUGCAUAGAAAUGGCCAAUGGGAAUGGACUCUUGCACCUGGAGUUGCACCAUCAUCAAGGUACCAACAUGCUUCGGUCUUUGUUGGGGCUCGUUUGCACGUUACAGGUGGUGUUGUGAGGGGAGGUCGGGCAGUAGACGGUGAAGCAGCUGUUGCAGUAUUGGACACUGCUGCUGGAGUUUGGUUGGAUAGACAUGGCUUGGUGACUGCUCCUCGUAGUAGCAAAACAGAAGAUCCAUCGUUGGAGCUUAUGCGUCGUUGCCGGCAUGCUGCUGCAUCUGUUGGUGUUCGUUUAUAUAUCUAUGGUGGUCUUAGGGGUGAGGUCUUGUUAGGUGAUUUUCUAAUCGCAGAGAAUUCACCUUUCCAGUCUGAUGUCAAUACUCCAGUAAUAACAUCGGAGAGGGCCUCCAAUAUGGGCAGUCCCAGGUCAAACAAUUUAAGCUCAUUUGAUCCCAUAUCUUCAGAAAACGGAUCUGAGAGUCACUCAUCUGGAAGCAUGGACAAAGAAUCUAUGGACAGGCUGGUGGAAGCUUCUGCUGCUGAGGCCGAGGCUGCUAAUGCUGUCUGGCAAGCUGCACAGGCACAGGCCGCAAAUCCUGAAGAGACGUCUGUAGCUGAUGAUAACUCACAAGCUGCUGAUAGCAAUUCAGAGGGUAGUGAUGGAGAGGGAGAUGUCCGACUUCACCCAAGAGCUGUUGUGGUUGCUAAAGAGUCUGUAGGCAACCUUGGUGGAUUGGUGAGACAGUUGUCUUUGGAUCAAUUUGAAAAUGAGAGUAGGCGAAUGAUACCUUUGCAAAAUGACAUGGCAUAUUCUGCCAAAAAGUUCACUAGGCAAAAGUCACCACAAGGGUUGCAUAAGAAGGUUAUAUCUACUUUGCUUAGGCCCAGGAACUGGAAACCUCCUGUUAACAGGAGGUUCUUUCUUGAUUCUUAUGAGGUUGGAGAGCUCUGCUAUGCUGCUGAGCAGAUAUUUUUGCAUGAACCAACUGUACUUCAGUUGAAAGCUCCCAUUAAAGUGUUUGGUGAUCUACACGGUCAAUUUGGUGAUCUGAUGCGCCUUUUUGACGAAUAUGGAUACCCAUCCACUGCUGGAGAUAUAACGUAUAUAGACUAUUUAUUUCUUGGAGAUUAUGUUGAUAGAGGACAACAUAGUUUGGAGACUAUCACUUUGCUCCUAGCUCUAAAGAUCCAAUAUCCUGAGAAUGUUCACUUGAUACGUGGGAACCACGAGGCUGCUGAUAUAAACGCGCUCUUUGGCUUUCGUCUUGAAUGCAUUGAAAGAAUGGGAGAAAAUGAUGGCAUCUGGGCAUGGACGCGGUUCAAUCAGCUCUUUAAUCAUCUUCCACUUGCAGCACUUAUUGAGAAGAAGAUUAUAUGCAUGCACGGUGGUAUUGGGAGGUCGAUACAUUUAGUUGAGCAAAUAGAAAAAAUAGAAAGACCUAUAACCAUGGAUGCUGGAUCUCUUGUUUUAAUGGAUUUGCUAUGGUCUGAUCCCACAGAAAAUGACAGCGUUGAAGGCUUGAGACCAAAUGCCCGGGGACCUGGUCUCGUCACUUUUGGGCCUGAUCGGGUUUCUGACUUUUGCAAAAAGAACAAACUUCAGCUUAUUAUAAGAGCACACGAAUGCGUGAUGGAUGGGUUUGAAAGAUUUGCUCAGGGACAAUUAAUAACCCUUUUCUCUGCUACCAACUAUUGUGGGACCGCCAACAAUGCUGGUGCUAUACUAGUGAUUGGCAGAGGAUUGAUGAUUGUUCCAAAACUAAUUCAUCCGAUCCCGCCUCCACUUCUAUCACCAGAAACAUCUCCAGAACGUAUACAAGAUGACACCUGGAUGCAGGAACUUAAUAUUCAGAGACCACCCACUCCCACAAGGGGCCGUCCACAGGAUCAUGAUAGGAACUCACUUGCUUAUAUAUGAUCAAGUCAAGUGAUCAGCUCUCAGCAAUUUUGCACUAGUUUGCUUCCAACCGAGUCCAAAGCAAGAAAUUUACAAAUGGAGAACAGAUUGGUUUUGUAUUUUAUAGAUAAGAAUUGUAACCAAGUGUUUGUAGUGUGCACAUAGCUUUAUUUACAAGGGGGGGUUUGCUUAGAAUGACCGUGUAUGUAUCUGUAAAUUAUGUGAUAUAAUCAUCACAUGAUGGUGGAACAAUAAGAAAAUUGAGUGUAGCUAUUGCGACAUUUUGCAACCUUUACAUCCCGUAUUUGAUUCGCUAUAAA